CUGAGAUUGAGUUAUGUAACGUAGGCUAAAUCAAGUUUUCGUAUCGGGGAACAAUUGUAUAAAUACCCAGUGCCCGUUCAUCAGUUCAUACAAGUCCAGAGCAUCAUCUUCUCAUCAUUCAAGCCUAUCAAUAUGAAGCACUCUUUGUUCUCGCUCGCCUUUCUGGCUAGCUCUGUCAUGAGCUAUGACCAAGUCCUCGGAUUCAACGAAAAAGUCGAGGUCGAAACAAGAAGCCUCGAUGAGAUCUACAAAGCUGCCUUGAAGGAGGGAGACACCGUCACCCUCUGGCACGGCGGAGAUGCAGUCAAUCAACAAGCCGGUCUGAAACAAGCUUUCGAGAAGCGUUUUCCCGGAAUCAAGCUCAAUGUCACUGUCGAUCUCUCCAAGUACCAUGACGUCAGAGUCGAUCAGCAACUCGCUGCUGGUGGAAAGUCAGUUUAUGUCGACAGCGUGAUCCUGCAGACCCUGAACGAUUACCCGCGCUGGGCUCAAGAGGGCGCUUUGCUCAACUACGCCCCCAAGGGCUUUGAUCAAAUCGAUCAUGCUUUCAAGGAUAGCACGGCGUAUUGGUAUGGAGUGUAUAUCUUCUUCUGGGCCAAUGCAUGGAACACAGAGAAGCUUCGCGGUAUCAAGGCACCCGCAGAGUACACCGAUUGGCUUCGACCUGAGUUUAAGAACAAGCUCGUCCUGACUUACCCCAACGACGACGACGCGGUUCUGUUCGCCUUUUAUCUCAUCAUGCAAGAGUACGGAGCUUCCUGGUUCGAGGAUCUCCUCAAGCAGAACCCUCGCUGGGUUCGUGGAACGGCAACUCCCGGCGCCAUCAUCAGCCAGAAGAACGCCACCGAAGCUGCCUACUUCGCUGCUGGCGGAGGUUUCGGCGAAUCCAAGCCUCUCAAAUUCUCCCAACCUACAAAGGGUAAAUAUGUCUCUUGGUCGCAAUAUGCCGGCAUUCUCAAGGAUGCCCCUCACCCUGAGGGAGCCAAGCUUCUUCACAACUUCAUUCUUAGCGAGGAGUACCAGACUGCUAUGGGUACUUGGUCUGUUCGUCGCGAUAUCGCCACCCCAGAAGGUUUCCCCGAUCUUCGCAACGAGACUGCUACCAACCCAGCUGAGUUUGCGCGAUUCAUGAAGGACCGUGGCUUGGUUGAGAGACUUCGAUUUUGGUUCGAGGCUCGUAUUGGUACUGCAAAGGGUGUUGAUCCUAUCAACGAUCCUAUCAACCAGGGGUAGAUGGAGGCUUCUGGUAGUUCCGAGUCGCAUUUGUGUUUUUCUUUCUUGUUACUUAGCUAGCAGAUCGUGUCGUGUACAUACUACUCAAGUCAGCUGAGUGAACUCUUAGUCUGUAUUCCAAUUAAAUCUUUUCUCACAAAUGACAAGUACUUCGGCUUAAAAGCCA